AUGGCCCAAAAUGACCAGAGCUCCGGAUCUGAGGAGCAGGUUGAUCUAGCGAUCAUAGGAGGCGGACCCACAGGACUACUCUCUGCGCUUCUUGCAAGCCGCUUAGGCCUUUCCGUAAAGAUCAUAGAUGCAAAGCCUGGGCCGUUAGAAGUAGGCCGAGCAGAUGCUUUGAACGCACGCACACAACAGUAUCUCGAAGUCGUUGGGAUUCUUAAUGAAUUACUUCCACUAGGGAUCAAAUGCAAUACCAGUUCGACCUUUUCAGAAGGUGAUUUUAAGUCUCGUCAGAGUCAUUGGUGGACGUCACUCCAGCACUGCUUUCAUCCUAACUUCUUGAUGGUCGGUCAAUCUGUCGUGGAGAAAGUGCUCAGAGACCAUCUAGAUAUACCCGUCCACUAUCAGGAGAGGGUCACUAACAUCUCAGAGACGGAAUGCGGCGUCACGCUCAAUACAGACCGUGGCCGGAAGGUCUUGAGCAAAUAUGCUAUCGCAGCUGAUGGAGCCCGCUCAACAGUUCGACAAGCGUUGAACAUUAAUUUUGCCGGAACGAAGCCUGAGAUGGUGUGGGCGGUUCUUGACACAUUUAUCGACACCGACUUCCCCGUAUGCUCGGAGAUUAUCACGUUCCAGCUUAGGGGCCAGUCGCGGAUAUCAUGGAUCCCUCGAGAACGUGGGAUGGCAAGAUUCUACGUGCUUCUCGAUGGAGAAAUCACACAGAGAAAAGCCGAAGAUUCCAUCCGAGAACACAUGGCACCGCAUAGGGUUGACUUUGUUAAGACGGAGUGGUUUAGUACGUUUGACGUAAAAGAACGAAUCGCCUCUACGUUCGUCUCAAAGCAAGGGGAUGGUCGCAUCAUCCUAGCAGGUGAUGCAGCGCACGUUCAUUCUGUAAACGGGGGGCAAGGAUUAAAUACUGGCAUUGCCGAUGCGUUUGCGCUCAGCUGGAGAGUUGUUGCCGCGGUCAAGAAUGCGGGGCUUACGCAUGGCGCUGCUACGAAGUUGAUCCGAAGUUACGAUACUGAACGUCGGGCUGUGGCACAGGAAGUCAUUGAUGUUGCAGCGGCUCUCGUCCGAGAUACGGUACACACUGCGAAGCAAUAUGUUUCGACUAUUGAGAAGAACGCCGGGUAUAUAACAGGAAUGGGAGUUUCUUACGAUGGAAUCGGAUCCGAAAUCAUCGCGGAAUCUGAGAGAGGUAUCUGGAAAGCAGGCAAGCGAUGUCCGGAUAUUUGGGUCACUCCUAUUGGGAGUAACGAGGCAACUCGACUGUACUCCAUAACUUCAUACGGAAAAUAUUUGAUACUUUUCCUCGGAGCGCAGGAUAUUCAGAAGUUGUUCGGAAAUAUCUGCACCUAUUUUAUUCUCCGUCCCAGCGAUGCAGCUCAGACGGAAACCAACGGCCAUGAUAACGGAUCGAAUAAGCAACCGGGUAUUUUCUUGUCGGAUGUCGUUACUUCUGAAGACAACUUUGUCGUUGUAUGGCCUAAGCGCGUUAUUUCAGCUCAGCCUCGGCUCGGCAGUGGCAGGAGCGUGAAGCAUGACGCGCGAAAUGGGUAG